AUGGAGACGAUACGAGGAUUCUUCGCGAAGCCUGACCCCCAGGCACAGGUACGAAAAUGCAACGCGCUCCUCCGGCAAAACAUCCGCAAGCUCGACCGCGAUAUCGCCAACGCCAGGCAGGUAGAGGUCAAGGCCAAGAACCUCAUCGUGCAGGCGGACCGGCGCGCACAGCGCAACCCGGGCCAGCAGCGACAGGCAGCGCGCGAGGCGCGCGAAUUCGCCAAGGAGCUGAUCCGGGCGCGGCGCACGCACGACCGGCUGGUGACGUCCAAGGCGCAGCUCAAUAGCGUGCAGAUGCAGGUCAACGAGGCGUUUGCGGUGCGCAAGAUUGAGGGUUCGAUCCGCACGAGCGUGGGCAUCAUGAAGGACGUCAACAGCCUCAUCCGGCUGCCGGCGCUGGCGGGCACGAUGCAGGAGCUGGGCGUGGAGCUCAUGAAGGCCGGGAUCAUCGAGGAGAUGGUGGGCGACGUCCUGCCCGAGGAGGUGGAUAUGGAGGACGAUCUCGGCGAGGGCGAGGUCGACAAGGUGCUCGGGGAAAUCCUCAAGGAUCGCACGCCAGCGCAGAAGCUGCCGUCGGUGCCCGUCACGCCGGAGCCCGCAGCGCCGGUGGCUGCGGAGGAGGAGGACGAGGAGGCGGCGGCGAUGAUGGACCAGAUGAGGAAUCGCCUCGAGGCUUUGAGGAGCUGA